AUGUCGUGGCCCAAUGAUCAACACUCUCGGAGGCGCGGGGUAUGGAGCCAUUGGGUGCCGCUUGCAGUCACCGUGACUGUUGCGACAGUCGGUGUGGCUGCGUGGGUUUGGAGCCAGCGGAAGGACGAAGACGAGUCACCCGAGAGUGGACAGUACCCGGAUCUCGACUACGGUAAUGGUGACUACGGGGAUAAUUCCGCGUACGGUACUGCCAAAGGGCCGAAGCCUCCCCCGAGCAAUGUCGGGACCGAAACAUACGGCACAGCCGACGCAUCUCGGGACCCAGCGGCUGAUGGAUGGGGCGCGCGCAUGUCGGGCGCGUUAAGGCGCACACCCAGCCCACAGCAAUUCUUCGAGUCCGCCGGCAAGACCGUCACCGCAGGCGUCGCUGCGGCUGGUGCCGUUGCCGGCCGCGCCCUUGCGGCCAUCCGCGAGGAGGACAAGAAUGCGUAUGCCGACCACGAGACUUGGUCCGAGGAGGCAGACGCCAGAAAGGAGCGACCAUCCGCGCCCAGGGACCCGAGCAAGCGGCGGAGGACGGUCGCUAUUGUCGUCUCUGCCGACAACCAUGCGGAUGAUUUCGACGAAGAUGGCUUCCAUGAACACGCUUCCAUCUUGUCGCAUAUCCCGCGCUACAACGAUUUCAACGACAUUAAACUUUUCGUUUUGAUCUACGCGCCGGGUCUGAAGGAGCCUGCUGGCGAAUCUACGAGUAACCUUCCGCCACCUUCGUUGAGCUCGUCCUUCUCUAACAUUGAGCACCAUCAAGCCCAGACGCCUGGUGAAGAGCCGUCAAAGAGCCCCUUGAUGCAAGCUUCAUCUGGAAACGCUGCCUUCAAUGCCGUGUACUCUCAGGCAUUGGCUCUGGUCGAGAAGGAAACCAUGGUUAUGCCCUUCACCACACCCAACGGCCACAACCACAUCCUACGCCAUCUGCAGCCUGAGAUUAUCUAUCUCCAGGAGAGUCUGGCCGGUGAGAAUGGCAGUGUCGUCUCCAACCUGCAGACCUGGCUACGCCACGACAUCAUCCUUGUUGUCGGUGCAGAAGGUGGCGACGGGGGCCUCGCCGACAGCGAGUCGGAAGCCGAACGGCCCGCCAAGGAAGAGAAGUGGUGGCAGCGAACGGACCGUGUUGGACGGGGCCGGGGGGUCGUGGUUGUUGACGGCAUGCGGGUCCAUGACGACUGGGCCCGCCGCGUCCAGGGCAAGGAGUAA